CGCAGAGGCAGCUGCUUACUGAUGGUUAUUCAAAAGGAUAUUGCCUGAUCAAAUUUAUAGUUCAAGAUCACAACAUGUUGGUCUUCUGUGAUAUUUUUCACUUCAAAGUACUUAUAUUUGCGUGUCUAUUGGCAUUUUUACCAAACAAUUUAGCAAACGAUGCAAACGAAGGUGCGGUAUCGCUUACUCAACAAAAUAUCGAUAUGACGCUUGCAACAAAUGAAUUGGUAUUUAUAAAUUUUUACGCACAGUGGUGCCGUUUUAGUAAUUCAUUAGCCCCUAUUUUCGAAGAAGCUGCGAAUAAAAUAAGAAAUGCAUUUCCUGAGCCAGGAAGAGUAGUUAUGGCUAAAGUAGAUUGUGAAAAGGAGUCCUUUAUUGCUUCAAGGUUUCACAUAACUAAAUAUCCUACCUUGAAAGUUAUAAGAAAUGGUCAACAAACUAAGAGAGAAUACAGAGGUCAGCGCUCUGUGGAAGCUUUUGAGGAAUUUAUAAGGAAGCAAUUAGAGGAUCCCAUUAAGGAAUUCUAUGAUUUGAAGGAAUUAUUUGAUUUAGAUGAUAAGAAGAGAAUGAUCAUUGGUUAUUUCGAUAGGAAAGAUGUUCCUGAAUAUAAAAUGUUCAGGAGAGUUGCCACUAAUCUGAAAGAUGAUUGCCAGUUCCAUGUUGGCUUUGGCACAUGCUCUGCUCAAAACUGUGAAAUUGGAGAACAUUUUCACUUUUUGAAUGCAAGCAGAGCUAUGCACCCCCCAGGAGACCCUAUUAUAGUCUUCCGGUCUGACAAGGCACUUUCUAACGACGAAGAUGAAACUUACCAAGGAAGUUUAAAUAAUUUUGACGAAUUAAAUGUUUGGGCACAAGAGAAGUGUGUUCCCCUUGUAAGGGAAAUCACAUUUGAAAAUGCAGAGGAAUUAACAGAGGAAGGUUUACCCUUCCUUAUAUUGUUUCACGCUCCGGACGAUAUUGAGAGUGUUAAAAUGUACAAAGAUGUAGUAACAAAGACACUAAUCGAUGAAAAACAAAAUGUCAAUUUCCUAACUGCAGAUGGUAUUAAAUUUGCCCAUCCACUCCAUCAUUUAAGGAAGUCUCCAGCAGAUUUGCCUCUAAUUGCAAUAGAUAGUUUUAGACACAUGUACCUGUUCCCAAACUUCCAUGAUAUUCAUGUAGAAGGAAAAUUAAAAAGUUUCCUACAAGAUUUAUAUACGGGAAAGUUACAUAGGGAAUUUCAUUAUGGGCCAAAUCCUAAUAGUUACGAAGCACCGCAAAUUGUUGGAGAAGUUAAGGUGCCUACAACCCCACCAGAGUCUACAUUUAAAAAACUAGCACCCAGCAAAAACAGGUACACGUUACUCAAGGAUGAACUAUAA